UGAAGAGCAAGAGAUUCACCUGGAGGAUGGCGAAGUGUAAAACAGACUGCAUCGAACGGCCUCUGUCUCUGGUCUUUCAAAAGCUCGGUUGUGUUGUUGGUAGACAUCCAUGUGUGUUUCUUUUAUUAGCUUUAUUUGUAGCUGCUGCCCCUGGAGCCGGUUUCAUCUUUCUUCAGGAGAGGAAGGCAAAUGAUAUUGAAGACCAGUUCACGCCCGUCAAUGGACCUGCCAAGCUGGAGAGAGCAUUUGUGGUGGAAAAUUUCCCACAAUCGGAAGAGUUUUCUCAGCUACGACUUUCAUCCGAUGGCACUUAUGCCUCUUUGAUCAUCACAGGCUUGCAUGGAGAAAAUAUAUUAACUGAAGCAGCUUUUAACGACAUUAUUGAGUUAGACAGGCAAGUGAAAAGUAUAGCGACAGGAAACACUUUUGAAAACCUCUGUGCCCAAACAAAGGAAAACUGUAUGUCAAAUCCAAUUUUAGACAGUAUAAAUUACAAUGCUACUGAAAUAGUUUCUUCAGCCAUAACAUAUCCGAUGAAUAAUGGCACAUUUUUGGGAACAAGUAUUGGUGGUGUUCAGCUAAAGCAAGAUAGCUCAGAGAUAUCGAGUGCAAAAGCGGUCAGGCUUUUCUAUUUCCUAGAUGAGGAGAAGACAAAGAAAAACUCUGAGUGGCUCGAUGGCUUUCUAAAACUCCUCUCAAACUACACACAACAGAAAACGGUCCAUGUGUCUUUCUUUACAUCAGUAUCAAGACAGAAUGAGUUGGAGACCAAUGCAGACUCUGUGAUCCCCCUCUUCUCUGUUACGUAUUUCCUGGCCAUUACCAUUUCAAUUCUGUCUUGUUUAAGGUUGGACUGUGUCAGGACGAAGGUGUGGGUGGCUGCAUUCGGCGUCAUCUCCGCCGGUUUGGCCGUGUUGGCCAGCUUUGGACUGCUGCUGUUCUGUGGAGUGCCGUUUGCCAUGACCGUGGCCACAGCCCCGUUUCUGAUUCUGGGUGUUGGUGUUGACGACAUGUUCAUAAUGAUCUCCUGCUGGCAGAAGACUGAAGUUGAUAAAGCCGUUGAGGUUCGCUUAGCAGAGACGUAUAAGGAGGCCGGCGUGUCCAUCACCAUCACCACACUGACGGAUGUGCUGGCGUUCUACAUCGGCCUCCUGACGCCGUUCCGCUCGGUUCAGUCUUUCUGCAUGUACACCAGCACAGCUCUUCUGUUCUGCUUCGUCUUCAACAUCACCUUCUUCGGCGCGUGUCUGGCGUUCAACGGGAGACGAGAGAAAGGCAACAGACACUGGCUGACCUGCAUGAGAGUCCCAGAAGCCACUGGUGAUGCUAAAGGGUGUUGUGUUGGUGGAGCUUAUGAUAAAAACACACGUAAGGAGUUUGAAAUGCCAAUGGAUUCAUUCUUUAAAAACUAUUAUGGCCCUUUUCUGACAAGAGUGUGGGUUAAGGUGCUUGUGUGCCUGAUCUAUGCUGGGUAUUUGGCAGUCAGUAUCUACGGAUGCUUCCAAAUACAGGAAGGUCUAGAUCUGAAACAUUUAGCGGCAGAUGGCUCAUAUGUUGCUGAUUACUAUGACAAUGAGGACGAAUUCUUCUCUGAUUUUGGUCCUAAUGUCAUGUUAGUUAUAAAGGAUGAGCAUUUCCAGUACUGGAACCCAACUGCUCGUGAAAGUCUUGACUUGUGUUUGGAAAAUUUUCAAAAUCUGACAAUGGCAGACUCAGACCUUCCACCUAUUUCUUGGCUUCAUGUAUAUGUGCAGUUUGGGAUGAAUUCUGGUUUUGAUGUAGACAAUGAAACACAAUUCAAAAGCCAUUUAACUGCAUUUCUUAAUUAUUCUGGUUUUAGCCAAGAUGUUAAUUUCACUAACAAUCAAAUUCAUGCAUCACGUAUGUUCGUUCAGACGGUGAACAUCCGCACUGCGAUCGAUGAGAAGAACAUGCUGAAUGUGUUUAGAGAAACCGCAGACGAAUGUGGGAAGUUGCAGACGCCUGUGGAUCUGAUAGUGUACCACCCCGCGUUCAUCUAUUUUGACCAAUAUGCCGUCAUCAUCACUAAUACGAUCCAAAAUAUAGUAGUUGCUACAUGUGCCAUGUUAGUUAUUUCACUCCUGCUGAUCCCGAACCCGCUCUGCUCUCUCUGGGUGACGUUUGCCAUCGCAUCUGUCAUUGUGGGAGUGGCCGGUUUCAUGGCAUUAUGGGAUGUUAGUUUAGACUCCGUGUCUAUGAUUAAUCUUGUUAUCUGUAUCGGGUUUUCUGUGGACUUCUCUGCUCACAUAUCCUAUGCUUUUGUGUCAAGUGAUAAAACGUCAGCGAAUGAGAAAGCCACGGAUGCCAUCACUAAACUGGGCUAUCCGAUCGUUCAGGGAGCCGUGUCCACUAUCGCUGGUGUGGUGGUGCUCGCGGCUGCUGAAAGCUACAUCUUCAUGACCUUCUUCAAGAUCAUGUUCUUAGUCAUUCUGUUUGGGGCCGUCCAUGGCAUCGGAUUCAUACCUGUGUUCCUGACCUUCCUCAGCACUUGUAGUAACAGUCGUGAAAAAAACAAAGAAAUUCUUCCAGAGUGCAGUGACACAAUCCGAUGGCGAGCCAAAGCAUUCGUGAUUCAGAAUCAAUGGUCUGCGGAUCCUGACUGUCCAUAGGCAUCAUGACAAGAGAUUUAUAAAAUGGAUGGAUGAACUUUUUUAUUUUUGCAUGAGCUUAGCUCUGUAUUACACUGUAUUUGUUUGA